UCUACUACCGGGCCAAAUACACCUUUAUACACAUUCCUAGCCUCCUAUACUGAAGAGUUCUACAACAGUAACAAGGCAUGGCUGCCAGAAGAGUAACAUACCGAUUGCCUCUCUGGAAGCGAGCCGUACCUAGGUAUCCUCUUUACCUUGAGGGAAGACCACAGAACAGAGUGCUUUUAUGUCAGUUCUGGAUGAAAUUGAUUAAAGACAAAACAUUUGAACUACCAAAUGAUAGGGUUCACUUUGAAGUACACCCUCAAAUGAGCAUAUUAGAUGUUAAGCAAUACCUGGAGAAGAUUUAUAAUGUAGAUGUAUUAAAAGUGAGAACCUACCGCAGAACAGAAUACACAAUUAAUAAAGAUUCCUUUGACGUAAAAGAAACUGAUAAAGGCAAGAUCCCUGCUGCAAAAGUUGCCUGUGUUCAGUUGGGAGGAGCCCACCGGUUAACAUUUCCAAACUUGUUUGGGGAGAAACUGUUAUCUACUACACCAGAAGAAGAUGCAACCAAAUUAGAAGAACUUCAAGAGAAAUUAAAUGUUGCAAAGAACUGGGAACGACCAGGUAUCCCACCCUGGUUCAGUUAGCAAGGGUGCGAGUAUAAAAACUCAUUGACUAUAUAUAAUAAAGAACUUUUUGGCACAGAAUGAUUGUCUAGGAGUAUAUUUGUUUAGUGAAAGAAAUAUGUUUAUUUUAAUGCAAGAUGUCUAAUGAAUAAAAGU